AUGAAGAUCCGAACCAAGCAUUCACCUUUGAUCCUCCUUCUUCUGCCUGCCUUGGCGAAUGCGCUAUCCGCCCACGACGUUACCGACAUACCUGGCCCUGCCGCGAUUACAGAACAGACCGAUGGCCUUCCCGAGGCUGGCGUAAAGCGUCAUGAUAUCCCCACGAAAGAUGCUCCUGUUGAUGGCAGGGAUGGAAAGCCUCACCAUGGACCGUUCAUUGAGACAGAUGACCACAAGAAGCCCGCUGAAGUUAUACCUGAUACUGGAUCUGGUGCUGCAGCCGGUGUUAAUUCUGAUAUUGUACCUGAAGCUGGAGCCGGCGCUGCAACCAAGGUCGACGCCAGCUCCGAAACCCUUCCCGAGCUCAAGGGUCGGCCAGAUGACCCUACUGUAGUCGAUGGCGCAAAGAUACCCGAAACCAACGAUGGCGUCAUGUUCGACAAGGACCGAAUUCACGCUCAAGAGGGCACAACUGGCACCGAAGGCGGUGUGACCGAGCGAUACAAAGCGCGAAAGUUGGAGGAGGACCUCGCAGGCGAGGAAACAUUCAGGAAGCCUUCAUCGCCCAAAGAGGCUCCUCCUCUGCCACACAGCGAAGAAGAAAGGAUCCGUGCUUCUGAAGGAGACAAGACCGAGAAGGUCGAGGACCAGACCAGCGGCGAAAAGGUAGAUGAUGUGAUUCCCAAGCCUGCGAAGCCCAUCAUCAGCAAUGACGACGACCACGAUUAUACUGCAGGAUUAGGGAAGCCAGCUGAUCUUCCUGACCGACCCUCCGGACAAAACAAACCUGUGCAAGAUGCUACCAAGGCCCCACCAGUCGACUUGAGCCGAGGAACGACACACGAUGGACAUCACGAUGAAGAGAGCAUCAUUCAACCAUUCCACUCUUUCGUUCUCUCCUUCACCAUGAUUUUGGUCUCCGAAGUUGGUGACAAGACCUUCUUGGUUGCUGCCCUCAUGGCCAUGAAGCACGAUCGUAUGGUUGUCUUUACUGCUGCCUUUGGCGCUCUCCUUGUCAUGACCGUUCUUUCAGCUGUUUUGGGACAUGCCGUUCCUGCCUUGAUCCCUAAGCGUGUGACUAGCUUCCUCGCUGCUGGUCUUUUCUUUGUAUUUGGUGCGAAGCUCCUGCGAGAGGGUAUGCAGAUGGACCCCAACGAGGGUGUCUCUGCUGAAAUGCACGAGGUCGAACAAGAGCUAGCCGAGAAGGAGAAGGAAAUGGGCCGUAAGAGAGGCGAUUCCGUCUCCGCCUAUACUCUUGAGAUGGGUAUGAAUGGCAAUGGCAAUGGCAAUGGCAACGGCCGAAGAUCUCGACCUAGCAACCGUCUCAUGUCGCCUCCUCGUUCGCCAUCCCAGUCUCCUGUUAGGGACUCCCGUUCUGGCUCUGGUGCUGUCUCUAGCGUUGUCCAGGGUGCUACCAACCUCUGCUCCCUCCUCCUCAGCCCUGCUUGGGUGCAGACCUUCAUCAUGACCUUCCUUGGUGAAUGGGGUGACCGAAGCCAGAUUGCUACUAUUGCUAUGGCUGCUGGCCAAGACUACUGGUGGGUGACUCUCGGUGCUACGUGUGGCCAUGCUAUCUGCACUGGUGUUGCUGUUAUUGGUGGCCGCGCUAUCGCUGGCCGAGUUAGUCUGAAAGUUGUCACUGUCGGUGGUGCUACCGCCUUCCUCGUUUUUGGCGUCAUUUACCUCCUCGAGUCUCUUUACAGCUAG